GACAAUGCCUCCCAAGGAAAGGAGUACUUGGAAUGACGAGUCUGUUGAAUAUUUGUUGGACUUGCUGAAAGAAGCCAAAAAGGCAAGAGGUGGCAAGUACCCUUGGGAUACAAUUCUAGUUCGCUUGAAUGGGCAGACAGGGAAGAACUUUGAUAGAAACUCAAUAAUGAACUUUUAUAGUGAUAUCAGGGGGAGAUUUAGAGCUUGGGAUGAGCUCAAAACCAAGUGGACUGGUAUUGGAUGGGAUACUGAAACAGGUUGUCCCGUGGUUCCACAAGAUGAGAAGUGGCAGGCAUUUGUAAAGAAGAAUAAAUGUGCCACAUCAUUUUUGCGGAGGCCUUUGAUGUUUGAGGAAAAGUUUUAUGAAAUCUUUAAAGGGGGCUAUGCAAGCAGCAAAAAAUGUUUGUCUCCAAGUGAAGGAGUAAACAUAAUAGAUAAAGAGAAACAACUUGUGGUUGAUAAGGAUGAACCUUCAGUAGAAGGUACUGGAGAUUCCGAUGAGAAUUAUAGUGGUGAUAACACGGAGGAUACUCAUAGCCAGAGGUCUGUUAAUGAAAGUAGGUCCCCUUCUAAGACUAGUUCUUCACUUGAGCGUAAGAGUUCAGAUAGUGGUGCAGGUGCUAGUACAUCAAGCAAAAAAACUGUUAAGCAAGUUGAUGAUUGCAUGGACAUCUUAAGAGAAAACUUGAGAAUAUCUUCCUCCAAAUUACUGAGUGACCCAUCAACCAAAUAUAAGGCAAUACUAGACAUUUUGGAAGAAAUGCCAGAAGUGAGUGAGUAUGGGAAAGGGUUCGUUGCGGAGGUGAUGGAUUUCUUGAGUAACCCACCUUGUUGUGAUGUUUUUCUAUCAUUUUCAGAUGAGGAGAAUAGAAUCUUGUACUUGAAGAAGAAGAUUAAAUUUCCAGACGACUAUUACAGUCCUCUCUUAGACGAUGAGGAGUUCUACGUAUAGCGUGCGGGUCCUGAGCUAAUUCAUAUAAUUUCUCUGUCUUUACAUUAUUAGUAGAAAUAACUUAUCAAUUCAUUUAAGUACUUGUUAUUUUUAUUUUGUUAUCUUGG